AUGGAUACCCCGAUGGAUAUUCGACAGAGCCUCGCGGAGGCAUUCGCCAAGAAUCAGAACACCCAGCGCCUCAGCCACUUCUUCCAGACAUGCGAGUACCCAGUCGUUUUGGAGAAAGCGCUGCAGGUGGCCGGCGACACUCAGCCGUCGGCCCUCGCGUUCAUGUCGAUAAUGGAAGACAUGCUGAAGGUUAAGGAGAUGAAGGAGGAGGAGAUGAAGCAGCACAUGGGCCAGCUCAACGAGAGGAUCGGCAAUCAGAAGGAGACGAUCGAGAACAUGCAGAGGGAGGGGAACGCAGUGGCGGAGAGAGCCGACCGCUUGGCGGCCGAGAACGUCGGUCUUAUCGACGAGCUCCAGCAGACGACCGAGAAAUACAGAGGCCUGCAGGAACGCGUUCGCCUGCGCGCCGCCGACACCGAGGAUGACACGACCUGGAAGGACAUCAGCCUGCCCCACCCCGCGACGUUCAACGGCGAGGAGACCAACACGUCGAAAAGAACAGUCCAGUUUAACACCUGGAGUAACUCGAUCACCACGAGGUGGUACAUGCGCUCCAAUGAGUUCAAGACAGAGCUCCAGAAAAUCCUGUACGCCAAGUCAAUGCUGUCUGGCAUGGCUUACGCCUCAGUCAUGAACGGCGUGACGAACGUCCUGAGGAACCCGACCGACGACACCACCUGGCAGUGGAAAACAGGCCAGGACUUCAUCACAGCCCUGUCGAAGAAGUAUGCAACGCAUGACAUUGUUGCCGACGCAGAGAACAAGCUCACCGACCUUGUUCAGAAAGACAAGUACGUCGUAUUCUCGGAUUUCCUUACCGAGUUCGCAAACCUCACCGACAUCUGCGAGUGGGAUGAGGCCACCAAGGUUCGGGAGUUUAAAAAUAAGCUUUCGCAACGCCUCCGCGACGCGCUUGUCGUCCAAGUUAACCAGCCGCAACGUGAUGACUGGGCUGGCUGGGUGGAGCUGGCACAGAAGCUCGCCGUCAAUUUGGAGGGCGAGGCAUAUCGUCGUAAGCUCCAAGGCUACGGCAGCGGCGGCAAUGGCAACGACGACCGCGGCGCCAAGAAGGACAAGGGCCCCGAUGCCAUGGACGUCGAUGGUAUGAAGGUCUAUGGGAUGACUGAGCAGGAGAAGAGACGCCGGAUCUCGCAGGGUCUCUGCUUCCGAUGCGGCCAACACGGUCACAUCUCGUCCAGAUGCCCCAGCAAGGGCGACAACAACAGCCGUGGCGGCGGCAACAACGGCGGCAACGGCGGCGGCCGCGGUGGUAACCAACAGGGCCGAGGCAAUUACCAGGGCGGCAAUUAUCAAGGCGGCAACGAUGGUUACCAAUGUUACGACAACGGUGGCUACAACGGCGGCUACCAGGCCAACAACCAGCAAAGCUACGCCAACCAGAACCAAGGCCAAUACAAUCAGGGCCAGGGCCAGAACCGCGCCGACGGCAACCGCGGCGGUGGUUACGGCGGGAACCAGCAGCGCCCCCGCGGCGGCGGCGCACGCGUGCGUUUCAUGGACCAAGAGCUCGCCAACCGGAGACAGUACCAAGACGUCUCGACCCCGGGCUUCGUGGUGGGCGAGGUCCCCGACAACACCAACACCGAUUACUCGGCUUGGUACCAGGGCGACCAGGGAAAUGCCAACCCUCUACUGAGGAGGAAGAAACCUCUCUACCUGGCGAACGGCGAGCUGUCGACAUGGAUUGAGUUCGACACGAUGCUUCAACUGUGGGUGGGCGAUCAUCGGGAGACCAUCAGUCUGUUCGUCACGACGCUGGCGCAGGAUAAUCCAGUUAUCCUGGGUUUUCCAUGGCUCGCAAAGCACGACCCGCAGAUCCAUUGGAGCACCCUGCAGCUGGACUUCGCAAACUGCGGGGAGCAGUGCUUCGGGAGGCGCCGUUUCCAUACAACAGUGGAGGACGCCGAGGAAGAUGGGGACGACACGGUGGUCGAAGACACCAGGACCAUCGACGAAAUCGCGCCCGAAGACAUCACGACCGAUGAUGACAAGGCGCCCGAGGCGCUGGCGAGCGCCAAAGGCAACGCCAAGAGACGUCGCAUCCGCCAGUGGAGGAGAGUGCUGGCUCGCAGGGAGGCGAUCGGUCCGAGCGGUCCACGAUGGACGUUCGCCCCUCCGGAAUACAGAGCGAUACUGAUCGACAACCGCACGCCAAAGUCGCCGCAGCCGAUCGAUGUGCGGGCGGGGAGUAGAAGACCACCCGCGAAACCGCAGCGAUCGCGCCCGACAGCCGCACCGCCACCGCGCGGGAAGGUCGACUGGGAGGACCUCAGCCUGUUGGGCGCGCCGAACUUCCUGAUGCUGUGCGGGCAACAGGGCGUUACGGUGAUGCGGACAUCGAUGGCCGAGCUGGAGCGAGCAGUGGAACAGGAACCGAACAUCCAUCUGCCAGCGCUACCAGAGGCGUUCUUCAAGGAUGUCCUCAGCGGUGCGUGCACGCCAGAGCAGGCGAAGGCAACGCUGCCAGCGGAAUUCCACGACUUUGUCGACGCGUUGAACGACGACGAAGCACUCAAGAAGAUCACAGAAGAAGACACACGCAAGUUUUUCGACAAGUCGAACCAACAGUCGCUGUCGCUGGAGGAGGUCAGACAGCGACUGCCAGCAACGUUCCAGGACCUGGCAGAGGCGUUCCUCGCGCGUGACGCAGACGUGUUACCCCCGCAUCGCUCAUACGACCACAGAAUUGAGCUAAUUCCAGGGAACAAAGUCCCAUAUUCGAAGAACCGGCCACUGUCACCCAUGGAGCUACGCGUCCUCAAGAGGUGGUUGGAUGACAACCUGGCGAAGGGCUUCAUUCGGCCGUCAAAGUCAUCCGCGGCAUCGCCGAUCUUGCUGGCACAGAAGCCAGGAGGCGGCAUCAGAAUUUGCGUCGACUACCGGGGUAUCAACAACGUCACCCUGAAGAGCCGUUACCCCAUUCCGCUGAUCCGGGAGACACUGGAUUCGAUCUGCAAGGCGAAGUUUUUCACCAAACUGGACGUGAUCGCAGCAUUCAACCGCGUGCGGGUGGCGGAAGGAUGCGAGUGGCUGACGGCGUUCAUCACGAGGUUCGGCCUGUACGAGUCGCUGGUAACCCCUUUCGGGCUGCAGGGCGCGCCAGCGACGUUCCAGAACUACGUAAACGACACUCUGUACGAUAUACUGGAUGACUACGCCACCGCGUACCUCGACGACAUCCUGAUCUACUCGGGAACCCUGGAAGAGCAUACCAAGCAUGUACGGGAGGUGCUCAAACGGCUGAUUGACGCGGGCCUGCAGAUCGACAUCUCCAAGUGCGAGUUCUACACGAAAAAGACGAGAUACCUGGGCUUGAUCAUCACGCCAGGAGGCAUCGAAAUGGACCCAGAGAAGGUGAAAGCAGUCGCGGAAUGGGAUGCGCCCACCACGCGGAGGCAACUACAGCGGUUCCUCGGCUUCGCCAACUUCUACCGACGGUUCAUCCGCAAUUUCGCCGGCGAGGCGAAGCCAUUGUACGAGCUCACGAAACGAACCGUCGAUUGGAACUGGACGCCGCAAUGCGAAGAAGCGUUCCAGCGGCUGAAGCGAUGCUUCGUCACAGCGCCCGCGUUACGAAUUUACGACUGGGAGAAGCCAGCAGUGGUGGAAGUUGACGCAUCCGACUGGUCCGCGGGCGGCACGCUGUUGCAAGAAGGCGACGAUGGCGAGCUGUACCCCGUGGCGUAUUUCUCAGCGAAGCACUCGGCGGCCGAGUGCAAUUACGACAUCUACGACAAGGAGCUCUUGGCGGUUAUAAAGGCUCUGGAGGAGUGGCGCCCCGAGCUCGAGGGCGCCUCGCAGACGUUCAAAAUCAUCACUGACCACAAGAACCUCCAGACCUUCACUACGACCAAGCAGCUGUCACCACGCCACAUGCGCUGGUCAGAGUUCCUCUCGCGAUUCAAUUUCCAGAUCGUUUACCGACCGGGCACGGCCAACGCCAGAGCCGACGCGCUAAGCAGGAAGCCAGAGGAUAUGCCAAAGGAUGUCAAAGAUGACAGGCUGAAGAACAGAAAACGACCCCUGAUCAAACUGGAGAACUUCGACCCCGAGACGUUUGACGACCUCAAGCUGCUUACCCUCGAUACGUCGCGCCACGUUGACGAUGUCAUCGCCGAUAGCUACUCGAAGUCGUCAUUUAUGACGAAGGUGGUGGACACGCUGCGCCAACGCGUGGCACGGGCAUGGCCAACAGAGGUCAAGCAGCGUUUGAGGAUACCAUUUGCGGAGUGCCGGCUGGUGGGAGACCGAGUGUAUUACCGCGACAGGCUGAUGGUCGACCCCGACGACGCCGAACUACAUCUCCAACUCAUCCACCGCAUGCACGCAUCUGCGCCCGGCGGCCACCCCGGAAGAACGAAGACGAUAGAUCUGAUGAGCCGCGCCUACUGGUGGCCCGGAAUGACCGUGGCGACGAGGGCAUUCACCGACGCCUGCAAGCUUUGCGACACCACGAAGACCCCGAGGACGAAGCCGGCAGGGUUCCUCAAGCCCCUGCCAUUACCGCUGGCGCCGUGGCGGGACAUCUCAGUAGAUUAUAUCACGCCACUGCCCGCCUGCGUGAGGCACGGGAAGGAGUACAAGCAUGUCGUGGUGGUGGUGGACCGGCUCACGAAGAUGCGACACUUUAUCGCGACGGUUACGCUGGAGGCCGACGAGCUGGCGGAACGCUUUAUCGAGAAGGUCUACUCGCUCCACGGUCUACCAGAGACGAUCGUGUCGGACAGGGGCACUCAGUUCGUGUCAGCGUUCUGGAGAGCGCUGUCGGCACGGCUGGCCGUCACGCUGAGGCCGUCGUCCGCGUUCCACCCGCAAACGAAUGGCCAAACAGAGCGCAUCAACGCGGAAUUGGAACAGUAUUUGAGGCUGUACAUCGACUGGGCGCAGGAUGACUGGGUAGACUGGCUGCCGCUGGCAGAGUUCGCGGGCAAUAACAUGAUCUCGGAGACGACGGGCGUGUCACCUUUCUUCGCGAACUACGGCUUCAACCCGCGAAUGGGAGUCGAGCCGACCAAGCCACCCCCCCCCAACAUCUCAGAGUCGCAACGCAGGGAGUUUUUUCGCGCGUCAGAGAUCGCCGACCGAUUCAAGGCUAUACUUGACAUGGUGACGGCGUUGGCGCGGCAGGCGCAGAACCGUUACGAAGAGAACGCCAACCGCCACCGAGAGGAUGCGCCACGAUACCGCGUCGGCGACAAGGUUUUCCUCGACAUGCAGAACUACGAGACCGGAAGACCAAUGGCGAAGCUCGCCCCCCGUUUUGAAGGGCCAUUCGAGGUCACGAAGGCAUCGUCACACGCGGUGACGCUCAAACUACCCGCGAAUAUGAAGAUUUUCCCGACCUUUCACGUGUCACGCGUACGGCCGCAUCGGAAGGAGGGCAAGGAGGGCUUGCCGGGACAGGAGGAGGCAGAGGGCCACGUGAGGGCCAACGAGGGUCGUGUGGUCACGCGCACAGACGAGGGCGACGACGUCGUGGAGUGGAGGUUCGAGCGCAUUCUGGAUUACGGCAAGGCAAGCAAUGGAAGAUGGCAAUACCUCGUCAAAUGGCUCGGCCACGAUCAACCGACAUGGCAACCAGCGACUGACUUGCGAGGCUGCGACGACCAGAUAUGGGAGUUCCACGAUGCCCAUCCAGAGCUCCCGGGGCCACCGCAAUGGGUGCCAAAGAAGGGCAAAGAGAAGGAGACGGAGGAUACGGCGAAGCGCGGAGCUGGCGCUGGCGCAAGCAGGACAACCAGGGCAAGCGCGAGGGCGCGAGAGGGUCUGAGUAGUUGA